GUGUGUGCUUUAUCAAUGAAUCUCUUUUACUCUUUGUCUCGCCAAAGGGUGUCUUUUCCCUCAGCUGUCGGUCUGUAGUUUGUGUAGGCGUACUGUGCUAAGGGGCUGUUCCAAUGUAGCUAGCCCCAGGUAAAAUGAAGAAACGGAUUUAUACUCGUCGGGAAAAUUAUAAUUUUUAAACUAAUCAAGCCAGUAAUGACUAAUUGUAUGUUACUGACUGCAUGCAUGAUAGUUUAACGUUUCACUAGGGAAGAUAACUUGUAGCACGCUUGUGUAAUGUCACAACACGUGUAAUCAUGCAAUUUUUACAUGUUUGGGAAAGCAAAAUACAAAAUAUCGCCAAACGAAAGUUGAGUAGCGUAGGUUGUAUGCAUUUGGUUGCUAACGUGCUUCUCAACAGCUUUGGCACAUGCCCUUCUGACGUCGAAAUAAUAUGGCACAAUUCUUGUAAAAUCUGUAGCUGCAUAUUCGCUUUUGAAUUUAGCUACAUAGUUAACCGUUAACAUCGUUUCAGCAGUAACGUUAUUAACACUUAGAACACGCAAACCUGCGGCCCAAUAUAGUGUAACAUUAUUCAUAAGUAAGAAGAGGCAACCGCUUCUAGCUUAAAAACGGAUGUCUCCUCGUUGGCUAUCGUGUUAUUUAAGGAAGCCCAUUUCCGCCAAGAAAAGACAAGAAAAAGUGUAUGGUAAAAAUGAAAAUACUCAUGUCUCCACUAGUGACCUGUGAGUCCUGACCCCCUGUUUACCUGAGAGCUUACUGCAGCCAGAGUCUGUGGGAUGGAAGAGGGGGCCAGGUGCUUCCUGAGGAGGUUUGUGAAGGAGUUCCCCGCUGUUCUGGAAGAAGGCAGUCUGCUGCCUGGCAGCCCUCUGAGCUGCAAAGUCUCCCUGGAGGAGCUGCAUGGAGAGAGCCUGGAGCUGGGCCUAAGACUGCUGGCUGCCAGGGGUGCUCCUGCAGGCCUCAGUGCCCUCCUGUGCCAGGCAGCAUUGUCCCAGCUGCUACAGAACGACCUUUCACCUUUCCACUGCCCCAAGAAAGCUGAGGCCAACCUGGAAGAGGAACAACAAGUAGUUUUACUUCAAUCAGAGGCAGUCCAACGUCUCUUCCUCAACAAGCUGAUAGAUGUGGCACUGGCAUGGCAUCAAAACUUCUCCAAGCUCCCACCCUCCCCCUCCCGGUUCCUCCACUGCUCCGUUCAUGCCAUCAAGAACACAAGGCGGAAGAUGGAGGACAAACACUUGGCCCUGGCUGAGUUCAGUCAGCUCUUUGGAAUCCAGGACGGAGUGGAGCGUGCCUACUUUGCUGUGUUUGACGGCCAUGGAGGGGUGGAAGCUGCCACCUACGCUGCCACUCACCUCCAUGUUGCUCUGAGUAAACAGGAGACACUGCAGAGUGACGCAGCCACAGCCUUUAAAACUGCCUUCAAACAAACAGAUGACAUGUUCAAGGCCAAAGCCAAGAGAGAGCGUCUGCGGAGCGGCACUACAGGUGUGGCGGUGCUGAUCCAGGGUCAGGAGCUUACUGUGGCCUGGCUAGGAGACUCUCAAGCAAUACUGGUCAGAAAGGGACAAGCUUUAACACUUGGACCCCACAAACCAGACAGAGAGGAUGAGAAACAGAGAAUUGAGGAUCUUGGUGGCUGCAUCACCUUCAUGGGUUGCUGGCGUGUUAAUGGCACAUAUGCUGUAUCCAGAGCUAUAGGUGACUUUGACCAGAAGCCCUAUGUGUCGGGAGAUGCCGACUGCUUUACACGCCAGCUGUUUGGGGACGAGGACUACGUACUGCUGGCGUGCGAUGGCUUCUUUGAUGCAGUCAAACCUUUAGAGGUCCCACAACUGGUCCUGGAUGCACUCCAACAGCCCCAUGACCCCGAGGGCGGAGGAGACACUCUGCUGGAACAGUCUGAUGCUGUUGGACUGAGAGUCGCUCAACAGUUGGUAGGUCAUGCUAAGGCAGCUGGUUCUAGUGAUAACAUCACAGUGAUGUUGGUGUUCCUGCGUCCGCCGGAGCAGCUGUUGGCUCAAGACUCCACCACAGGAACUGUACAAGCUACUCAGGACUCCACCUCCCAGGAUGCACCACAGCAGUGAAGGAGGAGCUCUGCUGCACAGACACCACUGUGCCAAGCUUCUGCCUGACUCAGCAUUUCUCAGCCUGUUUUUGUCCCCAGGUGCUGUCUAACAUCAUGCAGACUGACAAAGCUCAUUUGAUGUUGUCACACUAUGUCACUGCUUUGGAAGUGUUGAUUCAGACUAUAUUCAGACCAGAUCAUUUGAAAAGGUUUGCUAGAUGAUGCAAGGUCAGAUUAACCCGCUAGGGUUCCUGGGGCAAAAGCAAGCUGUGGGCCCCUUUUGAGUCCCCAAACAUGCUCCCCCAACCCAGACCCCAACUAGCAUUCGUACACUGGAAUACUACCCGCCCCAGGUUUGCUGUGUCAGUUGGUUUGUGAUCAUUUGAUGAAACAUUAACUUGUUUAAGGAUAUGCACCAUGUGAGCAUCAUAUCAACUUUUCGUGUGUGUGAGAGAUACAAACUGCAAAAAUAUGAUGUCCUGGUUUUAACCUCAAUAUUGGUCGUAUCAUGUGAUUUUGACUCUCUAAAAAGGGCUUUGUGUUUUUGUGAGAAGUAAGCUCUCUGUGCAAAAUAUUAUCCAUUCAUAUCUCUUUUAAAAGAAAUCGAACUAACAUAA